CGUGGUCUAGUUUAUCCCGCCCCAUCCUAUUUUGUGGGUCGACAGGCUUCGUUAGUUGACAGUUUAUAAAAACAAGCGUCAAGGAAAGACCCAGGUCUGCCAUCACUGAAGGAUAUUAGUAAUAAAUUCAACAAAUAAAAUAGCGAACUUUCUUCGGGAUAUUGGAUACAGGAAGUCCUAAUUUUAUCAAGAAGAAAUAGAAACUUAUUAUUAUCAGCAUGACAGGAUUAAGAAAAGCAAAAGAAUAUGACUGGAAGGAUUCUAAUUUAGCUUUAUUUGGUUCUGAUACAGAAAAACAAGUUAAAAAGGAAUCGGCAGAAACUGAACCAGCAUGGAAGAAUGCAGGAAAAAAUGUUGGUAUUCAAAUCUGGAGAAUAGUGAAAUUUAAAGUUACUUCCUGGCCAAAAGAAGAUUAUGGUAAAUUCUACAACGGUGAUUCUUAUAUUAUAUUGAAUACAUACCAAGAGGAAGGUGGAAAUGAAUUAUUAUUUGAUGUUCAUUUCUGGAUUGGCAAAUUCAGUACACAGGAUGAGUAUGGGACAGCUGCAUAUAAAACAGUAGAAUUAGAUACACUAUUAGAUGAUGUACCAGUACAACAUAGAGAAGUACAGGGGCAUGAAUCAGAACUCUUUAAAUCCUAUUUUAAAACUAUUACAAUACUCAAUGGUGGCGCCGAUACAGGAUUUAGAAAAGUUAAACCUGAAGAAUACACACCUCGACUUUUUCAUUUCCAUGGCGAUAGAAGAGGUGUCAAUGUCAACGAGAUUCCCCGUUCAAGAAGUCGUCUUGAUUCUAAUGAUGUUUAUAUAAUGGAUGCUGGUUUAAAUAUUUAUCAGUGGAAUGGUAAAGGUAGUAAUAAAGAUGAAAGAUUCAAGGCCAUGCAGUACUGUCGUGAUAUAGCAGCUGAAAGAUCUGGUAAAGCUAAAAUAGAGACAUUAGAUGAAGAGUUUACUGAAGCUGAUCAUCCUAUAUUUUCUACAUUAACAGAAGGAGAUGAAACUGAUGGACCAUCAUAUGUUGCAGCUGAUCAAACAAAACAACUCUUCAGAUUGUCUGAUGCGUCUGGUAAGCUGACGUUCUCAGAAGAGAAAUCAGGAGAAAUAUCAAAGAAAGAUUUUGACAGUAAAGACGUGUUUAUUUUCGAUACCAAAGAAACAGUUUAUGUAUGGGUUGGUAAAAAGACAUCAUCUAACGAGAAGAAAAAUGCCAUGACUUAUGCUCAUAAAUAUUUACAAGACAGUGAUCAUCCUUUACAAUCUAUCUGUGUUUUGUCAGAGGGCAAACAUAACAAACAAUUUGAGACAGCCAUUGCCGCUUAAAAUAAUUAACUUUCAACAUCCCUUUAAAAAUGAUUAUGUGAGCAUUUUAAUGUGGGCUUAUCUGUGUAUCCCUGGUACAUAUAUAUUUGUUAAUUAAUUUAAAUGUUAUCAAGUGAUGUAUAUCACAUUGUCAUGUAUAUUUAUGAAAAAAUAUAAGAAAAGUUAUAUAUCUUUCUACCUUAAUGAAACCUGUUGUGACUAAAAUUGAUAAUUUUGCAUUUAUUAAUAUAAGACCUUCAUGUAAAGGUAUAUUUAUUAACAUUUCUGUAAUCUAAUGUUAAUAGUAGGGACUUUUGAAAGCCUAUUCAUCUUUUUAACAGCAAAUUUAUAAAAAAGGUCUUCAUGUAUAAAUGAAGCCAAUUUCUGAUUUAAGAUAAACCAUUUCUUAUUUGGUAUGAAAUCGCAUACAGCUUUUUGAUAGAUAUGCAUUAUAUUGUAUUAUUAUCUUCAAUUUAUUUAAAAUAUGAUAUACAGUAGUUUGACUUUUAUAUAAUUUUUUCCCCACACAUGGCUAUUGUUAUAAAUGUUAAUGACUUCUAGAAAUUGAAAAGCUGUUAAUCUGCCUAUUAUUAGAUUGAUUUUGUUAGAAGAGGAGUGUUUGUUAUUACAGUUAAUUAAAGAUGUGAAAUUUAAAUAGUUUGAAUUAGGUUAGUGAUAAUGCUAAUUGAAUAAAAUGAGUAUAGAACUGGUACCAAAUAUUAUAUACAGAGGACAUGUCAUUGAAAAGUAGAAAUGAUUCUAUAAAACCUGUAAAUCAUAUCAUUAUUGUUAUCAUUCUGCUUUAUUAAAAACUUUAUACUGAAAGGUUGUCUCAUUUUUUGCAUCAAACUGUAUUCCAGCAUGAUAUAUUAUAACAUCAAACAAAUAAAAUUCAUUCCAUUUAUUUUUUAUUAUUAAUAGUAUUUGUAAAAAAAAAGUAAAUUUAUAUUUUAUUAUAAUUAUUGUUAUAUAACAAGGGUAUAUUUAGAUACCAACCAGUAGAUGUCUCAGUAACAAGUAGCUAUGUCUUCAUCGUAUAGCUUGUAAUAAAUACAAUUUCAAAAUAUAAAAA